AUGUCUCGGCGUGGAGGGACAGUUUACGAAGAGCGCGACUACUAUUCACGUGAAGGCCCCCCUCCUGCCCCCCCUCCACCUCCUCCGGCUCCUGUUCGAACUCGAGAGCGCGAGAGGGACUAUGAGGAAAUCGACACCUACUCCCGACGAGAACGAGAGCCAGAGCGGGGUAGUCGCCCAGAUUUUCUACGAGAGGACUAUGGCCGACCGGAUCCCGGGCAGCUUGUCGUGAGAGAGCGAAAAGAAGAAACCUUCAGAAGACCCCGAUCUCCAUCUCCUACUCGAAGUGUAUACCGGGAGAGAGUUAUCACGAGAUCUCCGAGCCCUCCUCCAGUGCGGAUCCGAGAGCAACGAACCGAGAGAGCCAUCCAAAGGUCCCCCAGUCCCCCUCCUCCGGUAAGAAUCCGUGAGCAGCGCACCGAAAGAAUUAUCCAAAAAUCUCCAAGUCCUCCUCCAUUUGAAAGAGUCCGCAUUAUCGAGCGGGAGAGAGAGCGAUCGCCAACCCCACCACCAGAGCGAUUGCGCGCCCGAGUGGUUGAAACUAGGGAACGAAUUCGAGAGCGCUCACCAUCUCCCGUUCGCAGCGUGUACAGGGAGAGGGUCGUUGAAAGAGAGAGGACUCCUUCGCCCCCACCAGUCCGGAUUCGUGAGAGGAUUGUAGAACGAGAAAGAGAACGUUCUCCAUCCCCGCCACGAGUUGAAAAUAUCCGAAUCCGAAACUUUGAACGGCGUCCUUCUCCUUCACCAUCCCCUUCCCCAUCUCCUCCGCCAACUAUACGCGCGCCUCCUAUCCACCAAGAAAUCAUCACUCACCACAGACACAUUGAUCAUGGAUUUGAAAUCGCACAUGUCCCUUCUCCGCCUCCUCCACCCCGCCGCAGAGAAAAAGAGACUGAUAUAGAUAUCCAUACAUCGCGCAAUAAUACCGAAAUCGACAUCAAGCAAACAUCCUCCCGUUCUCGAACCCCACAACCGACUUCUACAUCAUUAGCUCGUCGAGAGAAAUUUUACGACGAUGACUCUUCCAUCUUCGAGGGGGAACGAGAUUCAUUGAAGAUUCGAGAUACAAAGUUUGAUAUCAGCAGCCGACGUAGCGUGAGUGCACGACCAGAUACGCGAGAGCGAGAGAGGGUCCGAGUAGAUAUUAGGGAUGAUGAGAGCGAGGGGGGUUACUAUAGACGAAGGGCAGAUGAGAGAGCCUACAUUGGGGAGGCAUACAAUGGAGCUACAAAGGAUUGGGCAAUUGUUGAUGUACCGCCGGGAACCGAGCGGGUGCAAUUGGAUGGCGUCGGCGGAGGAAGUGAAGAGAUCACGUGGCAGAGAUAUAAUGGGGUUAGGAGAAGCAAGUUCAUCCCAGAACGAGAUCGCUUUCCUGAACGGGCUCCUGAGAGGAUCCCUGAGAGACUCCCUGAACGUGGGGUUGAACGAGAAAGAGAGAGAAUCGAGAUCAGGGACGACCCUAGGCGAGAAGGCACCGGCAUGGAAAUUGAAAUAUCCAGCAGUCGCAGACGCGAAGGUGGUGGCUCAUAUGAGCGCGAAUACGAAAGGAUUGAGGAAUCCAGCGAUCGACGCAUUGGUAUGCCUCGACCUCCUCCAAAGGCGCGCGACGAAAGUCUAUGGACGGAAAUCACCAAGGAUCUCGUGAGCCGAGAAGCUAUUGAGGAGAUGGGUUACGAUUUCGAAGAGACCGAGUUCUUCUUCUACAUUAUCCAAUACUUGAAAUAUGAGGAUGUUCUCGAGCUCGUCAAAGUUACCGAGAAGAUACGCCGCGAGCGCCAAGAACGCAUUCGUGAAAUCGAGCGCGAGCGGGAACGAAUCGAGAGAAGGGACCGCGAGCGAGAUGAAUGGGAGCGAUUCAGUAAACGAAAGGAGCGAGAAGUGCCAGCAUAUGAUGACGAGCGCAUUAUUGAACGAGAAAUCAUUUACGAGGGUGGGCGCCGUGGACCACCACCGCGCAGAGGGGGCGGCUGGUAA